UUCUCUGGGCCCUUAUCCCUUCCAGCAGUGGCUCAUGGGGCCCAGCCCUCUGGGUUUGAGUCCUGGCUCGGCCACUCGAUCCGCCAAGCAAGGCCUCGAGCCAGUUCCUUAACCUGAGCCUCAGUUUCCCUGUGUCUAAAAUGGGGACAACUCGAAGGGAAGAGCUCAGCACAUGAUGGAUAGGUUCCUUAUGUUGAUUACGGUGACAGUUUCACGCUACGUAGGACGCUCUCAAUAUAUGCAGUUUCUUGUAUCUCAGUCAAACCUCAGUGGAGCUGUUUGAAAAAUAUGCAACAGGAUACACGCCCCACCCCAGCCCCAGCACCGUGGCACACAAGCCCACGGGGCUGGGAGCACCAGUACUUUCCAGGGCCAGGAGGCUGGGCGGGUGGCUCCUGGGCCUCCCCAAAUCUCCCCGAUCAACAGGGCUGCUCCAGGGGAAUCCGGCAGCUGGAGGGGCCAGGUUCAGGGUCCCUGGCUUCACCUGGACUGCCAUGCCAGGCAGCUGAACAGCUUUUGCUUCUGCAGAGUGGUUCACGGAGCCGCGAAGUCAGAUUCCAGAAGCCGGGAACCCACAUCUCCAAUCCAAGAUAAGAUGUCCAGCAAAGGCUCCGUGGUUCUGGCCUACAGUGGCGGCCUGGACACCUCCUGCAUUCUCGUGUGGCUGAAGGAACAAGGCUAUGACGUCAUUGCCUACCUGGCCAACAUCGGCCAGAAGGAAGACUUUGAGGAAGCCAGGAAGAAGGCACUGAAGCUCGGGGCCAAAAAGGUGUUCAUUGAGGACGUCAGCAAGGAGUUUGUGGAGGAGUUCAUCUGGCCCGCCAUCCAGUCCAGCGCACUGUACGAGGACCGCUACCUCCUGGGCACCUCUCUGGCCAGGCCCUGCAUCGCCCGCAAACAAGUGGAGAUUGCCCAGCGGGAGGGAGCCAAGUAUGUGUCUCACGGCGCGACGGGAAAGGGAAAUGACCAGGUCCGGUUUGAGCUCACCUGCUACUCACUGGCCCCUCAGAUUAAGGUCAUCGCCCCCUGGAGGAUGCCCGAGUUCUACAACCGGUUCCAGGGCCGCAAUGAUCUGAUGGAGUAUGCAAAGCAACACGGAAUCCCCAUCCCGGUCACCCCCAAGAACCCGUGGAGCAUGGACGAGAACCUCAUGCACAUCAGCUACGAGGCUGGAAUCCUGGAGAACCCCAAGAACCAAGCGCCUCCGGGCCUCUACACGAAGACCCAGGACCCCGCCAAAGCCCCCAACAGCCCUGACAUCCUUGAGAUCGAGUUCAAGAAAGGUAGGUGCCCACCUGUCAGAACUCGAGGGAGUGGGCUCUUGGGGCCCUGGCUCCUCUCCCCUCUGUCUGGGAGCCUGGGCACGAGCCCAUUGCAUCCCUCCUGUGUUUCUGGAAGCCAGAGCUCAGGCAGGGGCUUCAGGGGCUCCCAACCACCUCCUUCCCCGGAUGGCGUGGUCCAUAGAAGCCUCCAGAUUUGAGAGGAAAGCAUCCUCAGCUGCCCAUCACAUGGGGUCGUGGGCACCAGGUCUGGAGUGAGAGCAUUCCAGUCCCUAAGUGGUCACUUGCCAGUGGCUUUGGGAGUUUGUACAGUCACUCAGCUUUCGUGGGCCUCAGUGUCCUCUUCGGUAAACUGGGGAUAGAAGCACCUGCUGCCUGGCAUUUUCAUGAUGUAGAAUGUGGUCUGUAAGGGAUGCGUCCUGUACAGGAUCCUGGCACCAAGGAGGUGCUCAGUAAACGGUGGGUCUUAGAGAGCCGGCCUCAGGGGCCCCUCUGAUCCCCCAGCUAACGCCUCAGCUGGUCCUACGCUGUACCCCACCCCUUUACCCCGAACUCAAAACCGCCAGUGCUUUUGCUCCCUUUGGCCGUGGAUGGGUAUCCUGAUCUCCUUAUCUUCGCUGCUAUCAACAAGACAUGUUUGCUGGCCUGGCCCAAGUGCCCAGUCUUGAGCCUGGCACCAGGCACACCUCUUGCCAUGGAGGACAGAGGGGAAUGCAAGGUGAGCCUGGUGAUGAGAGGGGCAGGACCAGGCUCAGAGUAAGGGCUCAGGGCACCCAAGGAGAAGACCUGUCCUGACAGCUACAGAAAUCAGGGAGGCUUCCUGGAGGAGGUGGUGCUAGGCAGGAGCUGGAGGAUCCAAGAGGGGGCGUGAGGGCAUCCCAAGCCUAGACAAGGAGGCUGGACAGUCCAUCCACAAGGCGGCUGCCCCGGCUGGACCAGAGCAGAGGGAGAGGGACUCUGCCCCUCCCAGGGCACCUCAGGGACCGAGGAUGGGGAAGGGGCAGAUCCCUGUCCUCACUCAUGCUGGUGUGACCUUGACAACCAACUUCACCCCUCUGGGCCUCAGGCUCACUUGCCCCUAAAAUAGGUCGUGGAAAUGAUGCUCACAGGUGUCAAGUAUGGUGUGCAGAGUGAGGUGGGGGCGGGGGGAAGCAGAGUCUAUUAGUGCUUGAAUAUUCCUGGCCUUUCCCGAGAGCCUGGCCAAGCAAGUGGGCAUCUCCAUUGCUCCCCCCAUCUAUUCAAACCCUUGAAUUUCACACCACUUGGGGACCAAAGGGCCCAUGGGCUGAGGCCCCUGACGGAGCUGGAGCCCCGAGUGCCCACUCUGUCUGACCCGGGCCUGGUCUGCAGGUGCCGGGCAUCUUCAGGCGGGAUGGCCCCGGGCAGCACCUCCGGCAGGUCCCCCCCGCCCGGGGGGGAGGGGAGCCUGGGUGAAGGUGGGAGGCAGGCAGGAGGCAGCGGGGGUCCCAGACACAAGGCUCUGGCAGCCUUUCCUCCAGAAAUAGGGCAGCCCCAAGGGCUGAACCGGAGAAGAAACGUGAUCCAUUUUAAUGAUUUGGGGACCGUCUGGAAAAAAAAAAAAAUAGACGGGAGGAGCCGUCCCCGACUACUCCCAUUCACCCUCUAGUUAAUUUAUUUGAAGUUUUAAUCUAAUUAUUAACUAUUUUAAAGGCUAAGAGGCUUUCUCCGGCAGCAGCACCAACAAUGUCAGCCCCUCUCUGGGGCAGGCCCCGUCCACGGCCAUAAUAGCACCGGGAGGGAGAGAAAGAGAGGGGAGAGGGGGGCAGUGGCGAGAGGGGCUUAAGGUUCAUUAUUGGGCAGACUUACAUUUAAUAGCAAUUUACAACCAAGUUAUAAAACCCCUGGAAAUGGGGGUGAAGAAUGGCGAGGUGACAGCGCCUUGAGGGAAGCCCCUCCAAGCGGCGCCUGGCUAAUAAAGACCCGAAAGCCGCUAUUGAGACCUGAUUGGCACCCGGUCGCUGGCUACAUGGUAAUGAGCUGGGCAGAUGGGUGGGGGAUUAUCCGCCAACUUUGAACAGCUUUCCUUUGUCACUGUUACAGCUCUCUUGUUAGCCCCCUAAUACAUUUAUUGCUCAUUUCACACCGCUCGAGAAAGUGCCCCUUGCUAUUCAAAGUCAACCCUGAACCCACCCACUGCCCCCCCUCCCUGCCACCCCCCUUGACUCGGCCCUGCCCUCCCCUCCCCGAGCCGAGGCCGCCUCCCUCCUGCCCUCCUGCCACCCGAGACCCGACUUCUCAGAAUUCACCGACGCCUCGCCCGCGGGAGC